AUGGACACUCUGGAGGAAGCUGAACUCUGCUUUCCUCACAUCAACAACUCCUGUAGGAGGUGGAGUCGUCCUCAGCCUGAAGCCUCGUUCAUCUGCGUCCUGCUGUCCUCCAUCUCUGUGCUCACUGUGAGCCUCAACCUGCUGGUCAUCAUCUCCAUCUCACACUUCAGGCAGCUCCACACUCCCACCAACCUCCUCCUGCUGUGUCUGGCCGUCUCAGACCUCCUGGUGGGCCUCCUUCAGAUGCCGGUGGAGAUCUUCCUCUUAACAAACUGCUGGCUUCUGGGAGACGUGGCUUGUGUUGCAAACUUCGUUCUAGCUUCCCUCCUGAUCAGUGCUUCGGUGGGGAGCAUGGUGCUGAUAUCGGUGGACCGCUACGUGGCCGUCUGUGAGCCCAUGUUCUACUCCAGCAGGGUCAGUGUGAAGAGGGUUCAGCUCAGUGUUUGUCUCUGCUGGCUUCUGUCGGCCGUCCACAGCUGCUGGUUGUUGAGGGAUAAACUCACAGAGCCCAGCAGGUUCCACUCCUGCCGUGGGGAGUGUCUGGUUGUUGUGAAUUAUGCUGACGGAGUGGUGGACCUCGUCGUGACCUUUUUCGGGCCCUUCCUGGUCAUCGUGGUUUUGUACAUGAGGGUGUUUGUGGUUGCCGUGUCUCAGGCUCGGGCCGUCCGACGACACGCCGUCGCUCUGCAGCGUUCAGGGGCAGCAACAGCCAAGAAGUCUGAGCUGAAAGCAGCCAGGACGCUGGGCGUGGUGCUGCUGGUCUUCCUGCUCUGCUCCUGUCCUUAUUACUGCUUCAGUGUCGCAGCCGAACACAACGUUCUGGCUGCAGAAGCUGUGGCGGUUCAGGUGUGGCUGAUCUAUCUGAACUCGUGUUUGAACCCAGUCAUCUACGCCUUUUUCUACCCCUGGUUCAGGAAGUCUGUCCGGCACAUCGUCACGCUGAGAAUCCUGCAGCCGGGCUCCUGUGAGGCCAACAUGCUGCAAAGAGACUGA